AUGGCUCAGUCCUACUCCAAUACAAGGGAGACCACUAUGAAGACCCUUCACUACUACUCAACAAUCAUAGUGAUAUGCGUUAUAAGAGGGGUAGUUAGUGAAAAAAGUAUAAGAAAAAGAGACACUAAUAAUCUAGUGAAUCAUAGACUUUAUGAGUCAGAAGAUAUACCAGGGAAUUUUGGACAGCUUCGUGAUAUUCAAGAGCAGCAUCACGUCCCCUGGGGGGCAGCAGCUUCUGCAGCUUACGCUAGACAAGGCCAGGUGCAGCUUCAAAGAACAGCAAACUAUCUUCAAUCUCAGUAUCAAUCCCCGAAUGAUCGAACCAAACAGCUGUCAUCUGAAAAUCCGCAAUUUACAAGCAAUCAAACUCCGCCAAAUAUCAGAAAUGAAUGGCUGCCAGAAACCCGCAAAGUGUCAGAUAAUGAUGUGGAAGCUUCCUUUGCAGAAUAUGAAUUUGAUUAUCCAAACUCAGAUCAAAAUAUCAAGAAUCAGUAUUCGCGACACUCUGAUUUCACCACACACACUAGAAUAUUUAACGGAGAUCAAGCAGGCUCAGCUGGUCGGCCUGCCUUUAUUAAAGAUCAGAUAUCUGAGAGGAGGCCAGUUCCCUUCCAGGGUUUUCGGAAAUCAAUCAAUACAUCGCCACCGAAAGAGGCAACAGUUCUCCAGAAAAUGACCGCGUUAAUAAGAGAAUCUUUGAGUGAUGUUUUGUAUGGGGAUAGGCCUCCUAUUUUCCCCCGAAUCCAGUACGGACCCCUGUUGUACAGCCCACCUCUGCGUUCCCGUGCAGAUGUACAAGAAGCUUUACAGUACACUUCCCAGUUUGGGGGUCCAGUAACGAAAGAUGGUUUCUCUGCAUCGCAAAAUGAUCUGGUAGUGACAAGACCAACAGAGGAGGAUUGGAAAGUUAUCCCUUCAAAUCGAGCGACGAAGUUGCAAACAAAGGAGCGCAGUUCUGCAGGAAAGAGCCAACGAAACCCCAAUAGAUUCCGGCCAAAAUAUAACUUCGAAAAUCCAAUUGAAGAGGCUCAAAGCACCCCUAUGGUUGAAAUUCUAUUCCCAGGUUCAAGUCUAAAAAACUAUUCCGUGGAUUUGAACCUGCAACGUCCAACGCUAAACAAACCGGCGGCCGAUCGACGAAAAUCUGAGAUUCUACCGGCCAAAAGACGAGAUCAAAUACUGAACAAUCAUCGAAAUCAAAAUCCAAGUGGCCAAGGUAGACCAUCCUUUGUGAGACCAAAUCAAAAUCUGCCAAAUAGUCCAAUUUUAUUAGAGAGGUCAAAUCCAAAUGGACAUGAGAGGCCAAAUCCAAGUGGACAAGAGAGGUCAGUUUUAUAUGAGAGGCCAAAUCAAAAAGGAAAAGAAACGUCAGUUUUAUAUGAGAGGCCAAAUCAAAAAGGACAAGAGAGGUCAGUUUUCUAUGAGAGGCCAAAUCAAAAUGGACAUGAGAGGUCAGUUUUCUAUGAGAGGCCAAAUCCAAGCGGACAAGAGAGGCCGAUAUCACAUGAAAGACCUACUUUCAAUAAACGAGAUAAUCCGAUCUAUGUUGAAAGACAAACUGAAAGCACGAGAGAUAAAUCAAAUCCCUUUUUAUUGAAGAAAGAUAUCCCUACAACGUACCAACUGAAUUAUCAAGAUUCUCAAUCACAGAGUUCUGAUUCGGAUGAAUAUGGAGAUUACUAUGAUGAAGAUUAUUACGAAGAGGAUGCAGGUUUAGAGGAUCCCCGGAGAGCAACUCUUUACAAACAAUCAGAAAAUAAGAGAGAAAACGGAAACCAGAUUAUUAGGAGAAGAGAUGAAUAUAGCCAGGACGAAAUUGAUGGACUCCCCCUGGACUUUUGGGAAGAGAGUGAUGAUGAUCAUGAUGAUAAGGAUCAUCACCAUGAUCAGCACGAUUAUCGAGAUCGAUGGAAUAACUUGAAACAAGAGGAGGAAAUAUUGCGCAGAGAGCAAGAUCGACAAAAGAUGGAAUCAGAAAAUUCUGGGAGAAGGAGAGGCAAUGAACCUCAGAGUUCAGAUUCGUGGAACUCUGACUCCGACAGUGGUUAUAACUAUGAUUAUGAGAGUUCUGCAAGCUCAACAAUUAACCAUCCGGAGAUUUUAAACCCUACAGUAUUGCAAUAUAACCCGGAGAAUACGAACCAUAAACCCAACCCUACAGUACUCCAAUAUAACCCGGAGAAUACGAACCAUAGACCAACCCCUACCGUACUCCAAUCUAAUUCAGAGAAUACUGAUCAUAAACCCAACCCUACUGUUCAAAAACAUAAACCUCAAAACAUUCGGCGGCGAAGAAUAAGUAAGACCGAGCUUAUAAAGAGCAGGAACUUUAAAUCUAGAGAAACAAGCACAACAACAACAACUACUACUACUACAACUACAACUACUACAACUACUACAACUACAACAACAACAACAUCAACUACUUCUACUACUACAACAACCACAACAACUACAACAACUACUCCACCUCCCAAAAGAAUAACUGUCACUGGGUUUCAGCCAUCUCACAGAGACAGGAUAUUUAAUCCUUCCGCACCGACUGCUGCACAAUACAAUACAAUUACAAAAGUGCCUAGUUUAAUUGGUAGAAUCCAAAUACCCGCUUCCCCCCUUAUACAGAAAACUGCGUAUGAUCAGAAAAUGAUUAUUCUGGGUGAUCCCAAACUUACCGGGAUCAAUCGAUCCAUAUAUCAACCUAGUCCCAGGAAAAUAUUUGUUAUUUAA